AUGAUAAAGUUGGCUGCACUUCUUCCCACUUCAGCAGCUUCCAGGCAGCAUGAAUUUUGGACCUACCACCAAGUGCAGCAGUGGCUGAAUGAGAACAAAAAUCCGCUCGAGUGGGGGUGGAAAAAGAUUGGCGAACACCUGACACCAAUUACAACAGCACGUCCUGCAGCUCCCCAGGAGUUACUUUCUCUCAUAGUGUGCGCUGGUAAAGACGAAUGCGUCCGUAACUGCGAGUGCAGAAAGAGUGGUCUAAACUGCUCAAGCAUGUGCGGUAAUUGCUUAGGCCUAGGAUGUAAUAAAAGAGACACGAGCAUAGAAGAAGAUAUAGAAGAGGAAGAAGGUGCUAUGUUUGACGAGGACUGA